CUAAAUAUAGCUUUUUCACAAAGUCACACUGCCAAAGUUAAUCUAAAAAGCCAAAAGUAGAUGAUAGGCUGUUUACAUAGUCAUCCCCUAUCAACGAUGCUUCCAUAGCAACUAUAGUCUCUACAGUCUACUAGUACUUUUGGUGGCUUUUCCCCAACGACAUCAUGUUUUGCCCCCAUGGUUAAAAUGCAGACAAUGAAAGACUAAAACUACCACAAAUGUAGUAGAAUGACCAUUCAUGGAUGGUAUUAUAUUACAGUAUCUGAUAAUUGGAAAAUCCAUUUUAAUUACUCGUAUUAUAUAUUUUGUUAAGUUGUUAUAAAACAUAAAGAGCGGUCAUUGAAAAUUCUCCUUCUUGAUUCAGUUAACUAUUGCUGAUGCCUUUUGUUUGUUUACCCACCUGUCUUUGUGUGGAUACAGGUUUCAUCACAUUGAUGGAUCAUUGGUUUAGCAGGUUGCCUGAGUCCUCUGCAAAUGAAUCCGGGUUGGAGAAUGAGAUCAAUCUUUCUACCUUACAAGAAUCACGAGACUAUCCAGACCGCCAUAAGGAUGCCUCGUUGGUCGCACAUGCUCCUACUUUGGACUCCCAACAUGAUCACUACUCUGAUCCCAAACUCAAGUACAUUAGCCAGAUGCUACUGGAGGAUAGUAAUAUCGAUGAGAAUAAUAAUACCAGCUUGUAUAUUGAUCCUAUUUCCCUUAGAGCUGCUGAGCAUUUCUUUUAUGACGCCCUCCAUCAAAACCCGUCAUCACCUAAUCAAGAACCUCCUUUUGUUAACAAUAAAUCUGGAUGCCGGGACAGCACAUUUAGGAGCUCUAGUAGUUGUAACACCGGACUAUCCAAAUCAUAUGUGGAGAGGUCAAAUGGUUCUUCAUUUAGGUUGAAUAGUAUUAUGAAUACCCAAAUGGACUCUUUCAACACUGUUAAGUUGGGUCCAAAUGUGUAUAGUGAUACUGAGUCCGCCUUGCAGUGUAAGAGAGGUAUGGAGGAAGCAAGUAGAUUUCUUCCUCCCGAAUAUCAGCUGCUUCUCAGUACAGAUAAGGGGCAUUCAGCCGAUACCUCUAGAGGAAAGAAGCAUCAACAUUCUGGUGAUGUCGGGUUACAGGAAGAAAGGCGCACUAGGCAGUCUGCAAUUUCUGAGGAGGAGGAGGUUGAGUUAGCAGAGGUGUUUGAUAAGGUUUUGCUGUUUAGCAAUAACAAGGAUCAUCCAUCUGUAUGUGGAAAGGGCACCCAACAGAAAGGACGAUGUCGUGGGAAGGGUUAUGCAAAGAAAUUAGGAGAGACUUGUGAAAAUGUGGAUCUACCGUCUCUUUUAAUCAGCUGUGCACAAUCUAUUGCUGAUGUUGAACAUAUGAUUGCGAAAGAAAAGCUAAUGAAGAUUAGGAUGUACUCUUCGCCAACCGGUGAUGCAAAUCAAAGGCUGGGUCAUGCAUUUGCAAAUGCUCUUGAGGCACGGUUGGCUGGAACUGGGCCACAACUAUAUGCGCUAUCUUCAACUAUAUCAGCUUCUAAAAUCAUAACAGCCUAUCGCACCUGCUUCAAAUCUUGGCCGUUCAUGAGCACAUCGUUUUCCCUUGCAAAUACAAUGAUUUAUGAAGUUGCAUCGGAAAGUAAUUUGCUUCACAUUAUAGAUUUUGGUAUUAUUUAUAGUUUCCAGUGGCCCAUCCUUAUCCAGAAACUAUCACAAAGACCUGGGGGACCUCCUAAACUUCGAAUAACCGCAAUUGAGCUUCCUCAACCUGGUUUUCGUCCAGAAGAAAUGGUACAAACGACCGGUUGUCUUUUGACAAAAUGUUGUGAACGUUUUGGUGUAUCAUUUGAGUACAAUGCCAUAACAACUCAAAAUUGGGAGACACUUAAACUUGAGGAUUUAAAGCUUGUGACUAGUGAGAUUGUUGCUAUUAGCUGUGCUUAUCGAUUCGAAAACCUACUUGAUGACACAGUAGUUGCUGCAGAUACCCAGGUUUUUCCUAAGGAUGCAGUUCUAAACUUAAUCCGUGAAAUGAAUCCUAAAGUAUAUGUGCAUACAUUGCUAAGUGGAUCACACAACUCUGCUUUCUUUAUAAAUCGGUUCCGAGAAGCUCUCUUCUUCUACAUUACACUCUUUGAUAUGUGUGAUUGUACAAUACCUCGCGAUGAUCCUGACAGGUUGGGUUUUGAAGAAGCCAGGGGAUGUGACAUAAUGAGUAUCGUAGCAUGUGAAGGCAGGGAAAGAUUAUAUAGGCCUGAAACAUACAAGCAGUGGCAUUUGCGUUAUUUGAGAGCUGGGUUAAAGCCCAUGCCCAUAAGACCCGAGCUUGCGAAGGAGCUGAGAGACAAGGCAGAGGCCGGAUUUCCCAAGAAGUUUCUGUUUUUAGAAGACGAUCAUUGGAUACUGCAGGGGUGGAAAGGUAGAGUUUUUAGUGCUAGCUCUUGCUGGACAUCUGCAUAAUAAGAAACUAAGAAGAUAUAAUAGCAUUGAAGCUGUUGGAAGGUAGCACAUUUGCAUUUUUUGUUUCUUGUUGGAACCUUUCCUGACUCUGUCGUUGACAAAAACCUUGGCAUCUCUGGUUUACACUUGAGACCUAUACAAACUUGAUUUGCCAAAAACGAGGUUGUUGAUAUAACUCCACAACUAUUUUCCGUUCUUUCCUUUCUCUCUCUUCUGAGAUUUUCAUUAGUUGUUUGUAAACCAAAAGUAGUAUACGUCAUAUUCGUGAUUACUCUACCCUGUAAAUGUUUCUUGAAGCAUUUAUAAAACUGGAUGGAUUAACAAGAAGUAGUAUACGUCAUAGUAUUU